AAGGAAGAGAGAAAUCUUUCCAUGUAUUUUCUUUUUGCAAUGAAAGAUAAUUGCUUACAAAAAAUUCUUGAUGGUUGUAUAGUGAAUGAAGCAAAUAUUGAGCAACUUAGUAAGGUAGCUAACCUGGCAAAGAUAUGCUUGAGUAUCAAAGGGGAGGAAAGGCCUACAAUGAAGGAAGUGGCUAUGGAAUUAGAAGGAUUGAGAAGGAUGACAAAGCAUCCUUGGGUUAAUGAUGCAUUGGAUGUUGAAGAGGCAAAGUACUUGCUUGGUGAAACAUCUGAUAAAUCUGAUUGGCUUGAGUAUUGUUUACAACACUUACCAAACCAAGUACAAUUUGCAAUUCACAAUGGGAGAUGCUUACUCUGUUUGAGGAAUAAUGAUUCAUCCAGAAGAAAGAAUGGAGAUGAAAGAAGUUGUCGCAUAACUCUGUACCAUAAACAAAAGUUUCUUGGUAGAAGAAAGGUGAAGCUAACAUUGAACAAGGACAAGAACAGCAAGAAGCGGUCGUCGGAAGCAAUAUUGCAAUACCCAAACCUUCCUUUGGAGCAGGAAACCCAACACGAAGCUGAUACAAACCGGCUGAAAGAAGACGGUAACGUUAAAGCGGCUUCUCAAAUUCAAGAGCAACUCUCCGGCGACUCUUUGGACGCAGACACAAAACAGCUUGCUCAGUCGUUUCAAGCCCAAGGCAACAGGCUCGCCCAGGAUGGGAAAUACCGGGAUGCAAUUGGGAAGUGGGACGCAGCUCUUGAUUUGGCACCUGAAAAUGCAGUUCUUCACGAAUAGAAGGCCCAAGUUCUACUUGAAGAUGUUGAUGAUGGAGUGCAUUGAAGGCAGCAACUCGGGCAACUGAUUUGGAACCUUCAUGGACCGAGGCUUGGGUCACCCUUGGUAGAGCACAGUUAAACUUUGGGGAACCUGAUGGUGCCAUUGAAAGUUUUGAUAAGAGCAUUGGCAGUCAAGCCUGAUUCCAUGGAGGCUCAAGAUUGUAGAAAAACGGCAUUACAGCUUGUGAAGAGGAGAAAGUAGCUUCAUUCAUCUGGCUUGCGUACCACUAAAAGCCGUUACAUAGUUGGUGAUGAAGAAACCUCUUGAAGGAACAUGAAGAGCAAUCAGGGCAGAUUGUUUUUGUCUUCAUGUAUGAUUUCAAAAUAUUGUUUGUGGCAGGAGCACAAAAGAAUAUUUGAAUCAUGAAGAGAGCUGAUAUGGUAAUCCACAAUAACAGUCAUCAUGUGACUGUGAGAGCGUUCGCAGCACAUGUUAGACACUUUUGUUGUAAAGGUUCGAAAUUUCUAAUGGAGGAAAGUAUUAAUGAUAAACCUAUAUGUUUGAAAGAUGUGUCUGUAACAUGUUAUUUAUGUUAAUACAAUAGAGGUGUUUGAUUUUCUGUCUCUGUGGGUUUUAUGUUAACACUUCGGAAGAACCAACUGCUUUUGUACCAUAUUUUUCUUUUGGGAGACAGAUGGUCAAAAUAAGAUACCACACAUUUGGAGGACUUGGUCUCCAGGAGAACGGAAUUACUCACCCACUUUAGCUGGGACUGGGUCUGGGAAUAUGCUCAUUGAGCUCAUCACCUGUCAGCUUGGUUGGGAGUGGUACUUUGAACAAAGCUGCACAUCAGGUUCAGAAAUACUCUCAGUAAAUAAACUUAACAUUUACGU